AUGCUUCUCCUCAAAGACCCCAAAUCAUACACACUGUUUGUGAUGAUCUCAAUCAUUGGGUUUGGGCAGAUCUUCUGUGUUCAUGGCCAAGCACUCUCCCAUGACUGCUCCAAUGACACAGCCACCACCACUUACCUAACUGACCGCACUUCCCUCUUGGACUCUUUGUCAUCCAGAGCAGCCUCCUCCAUGGACUUCUACAAUGAGACCUUCAAUGAUAUCCAUGGUCUAUUCCUCUGCAGAGGCGACGUUAACGCAUCUACUUGUCAGAACUGUGUCACCAGCGCCGGAGAAGAGAUCAGCAGGGUAUGCCCGUCGAACAAAACCACAAUCAUAUGGUAUGAUUUUUGCAUGAUCCGCUACUCAGAUAUCAACUUUUUUGGAGAACAACAAUCUCAACCAAGAUUGAUUUUAUAUAAUUCCCAAGGUAUUAAUUCGACUGAGGAUCCACAAAACUCUGCAGCUGCGAAUUUCAUAGAAUUUCUGAUAUCGGAAAGUCUGCUUACGGACAAACUGUACACUGCAAAUAGUUUGCCUAAUGGCAAUCAGGAUCGGUAUGGGAUGGUGCAGUGUACGAGAGACAUAAAUAAAACCGCUUGUGGAGAUUGUUUGAAACAGCUUGUCCUGACUAUACCACAAGGGAGCGUAGGGUGGCGUAUUUUGGGAGCCAGUUGCUAUAUCAGGUAUGAACAGUACAACUUUUCGCAACCAGCGGCAGCUCCACCAGCACCACCACCAAUUCUCCCCGCGCCUCCAAAUGAUCAAGGAAACGGAGGAUUGAAAAACACAACAAAAAUAUCAGUCAUCACUGUAUCAACGACAGCAGGUGUAGCCAUCUUGGGUUUCUGUGUUUACCUGUCUCUUCGCCGAAAAAGAGGACAGAAAGCAGAUCCUGAAACAGGGGAAGAAAUUUUAUUAGGAAGUGUGCAUGGGAGAGACCAGGACAAAAACGAAGAGAUGCAGUACUUCAACCUAGCUACCAUACAGGCUGCUACAGAUGAUUUCUCGGCAGCAAAUAAACUGGGAGAAGGUGGAUUUGGACCGGUCUACAAG